UCCACGCGUCGCUAACAAGACAAGACGCUGAUUCGGAUAGACGAGAGUCACAUUGUCGAAGCCUAAGCCUAAGCCUUGCCCUUGGCAGUUGGCACACACAAACUGACCGUUUUUUCUCAACACACCUUCCUAGAUAUAACCUCUCCCCAUACCCCUCCCUAUAAGAUUGCCUUGGCCUCUCCCUCUCUGCCUCCACACUUAUUCUCACUUCAUUUACCAUUUCUCUGCUUAUUUCAAAUCUUAUUCUUUACCCAAAUGGAGAGCCUCACCUUGACUGGGUUGUUGAACAAAUCUGCAACUGAAUUCCCCAAUCAUCGCGCUCUUUCCGUUUCUGGUCAACUCGAUUUGACGCACUCUCAAUUGCGACACCUCGUUGAUCAUGCCGCUUCUCUCCUUAUCGCUUCCGGUGUCAAUCCUGGCGAUGUCGUCGCUCUCACUUUCCCAAACACCGUCGAGUUUGUGGUGAUGUUUUUGGCCGUUAUAAGGUGCCGAGCUACUGCUGCGCCGCUGAACGCCGCUUACACAGCCGAGGAAUUCGAGUUUUACCUCUCCGACUCCGAAUCAAAGCUCCUCAUUACGUCACCAGAAGGCAUCGAAUCGGCUCAAGCCGCUGCUUCCAAGCUCAACAUACCUCACGGGGCAGCCACGUUCCACUUGAAAACGAAAACAAUAACCCUCUCUUCGUCAAAUACCGAGUCAAAUGUCGGCUCCGUCAGUGAACUCGUAAACGACUCGUCUGACGUGGCGCUCUUCCUCCACACCUCUGGAACAACCAGCCGCCCCAAAGCCGUGCCUUUGACUCAGCUUAAUCUCGCUUCCUCCGUUUUGAACAUAAAGUCUGUGUAUAGACUCACCGAGUCUGAUUCCACUGUUCUCGUGUUGCCUCUGUUUCACGUUCAUGGUUUACUCGCUGGACUAUUGAGUUCACUAGUCUCUGGAGCAGCCGUCGCUCUUCCAGCAGCCGGAAGAUUCUCGGCCUCGACUUUCUGGCAAGACAUGAUUGCAUAUCAAGCCACGUGGUACACUGCCGUCCCCACGAUUCACCAAAUCAUUCUCGACCGCCACAUCGGCAAGCCAGAGCCGGCUUACCCGAAACUGAGGUUCAUCAGGAGCUGCAGCGCAUCUUUGGCGCCCGCUAUAUUAGACCGCCUGGAAGAAGUGUUUGGGGCGCCAGUGUUGGAGGCUUAUGCAAUGACUGAGGCGUCUCAUUUGAUGGCUUCUAACCCGUUACCCGAAGAUGGUGGGCACAAAGCCGGGUCUGUUGGGAGACCCGUUGGUCAAGAAAUGGCGGUGUUGGAUGAGAACGGGGUGGUGCAACCGGCUGGUGUUAGUGGGGAGGUGUGUAUUAGAGGACCAAAUGUUACUAAGGGAUAUAAGAACAAUCCUGAGGCUAAUAAAUCCGCAUUUCAAUUCGGAUGGUUCCAUACCGGAGAUGUUGGGUUUUUCGACUCGGAUGGGUAUUUGCAUCUCGUGGGUCGGAUCAAGGAGCUCAUUAAUCGUGGAGGCGAGAAGAUCUCACCGAUUGAAGUGGACGCAGUACUUUUGUCUCAUCAAGACGUUGCCCAGGCAGUGGCCUUCGGAGUCCCAGAUGAUAAAUAUGGGGAAGAGAUAAAUUGUGCCAUAAUUCCAAGGGAAGGAUCAGACAUUGACGAGGCAGAGGUGCUUCGCCACUGCAAAAAGAACCUCGCAAGUUUCAAGGUUCCCAAGAAGGUUUUCAUCACUGACUCUGUCCCAAAAACAGCUACUGGAAAGAUUCAGCGCAGGAUUGUAGCAGAGCAUUUUCUUGCUCAAAUCUCCACUGCCAAAGUUCCCAAGUUUGGAGCUUAAUCAACCUUUAAUCCGAUACUUUUUACAUUCUGAUAUUAAAAGGUCAUUGGUUAUGCCCAGACACAGAUUACCACCCAUUCUUCUUUUCUUCUAUUGUUUACAUAUAUUCUCACGGACUAAUGCCUUCCGUAUGCACAAAUCAGCAACAAAAUUUCUUCAGCUGAUUAUGUAUGUCAAAUUUAUUUAUUGAAUGACAUAAUUAGUCAAAGUUUUAUGACGAAA